UGCGUCGGCGCGUCACGGCGGGGUGCGUGUGAGGUCAUCGCGCGCGGGCGGGCGGGGUCCGACGGUUUGAACGAGACGAAGACGGAACCGGAGCCGGGCGCGCGGACAGCGGACGCGGGUCCUCUGAGAGCCGAAGAUGGCAGUGAAUGUGUACUCAACGUCAGUCACCAGUGAUAACCUAAGUCGACAUGACAUGCUGGCUUGGAUCAAUGAAUCUCUGCAGUUGAAUCUGACAAAGAUAGAACAGCUGUGUUCAGGGGCUGCAUACUGUCAGUUUAUGGACAUGCUCUUCCCUGGCUCCAUUGCCUUGAAGAAAGUGAAAUUCCAAGCUAAGCUAGAACAUGAAUAUAUCCAGAACUUCAAAAUACUUCAAGCAGGCUUCAAGAGGAUGGGUGUUGACAAAAUAAUUCCUGUGGAUAAAUUAGUAAAAGGAAAAUUCCAGGACAAUUUUGAAUUUGUUCAAUGGUUCAAGAAGUUUUUUGAUGCAAAUUAUGAUGGGAAAGAAUAUGAUCCUGUAGCUGCCAGACAAGGUCAAGAAACUGCAGUGGCUCCUUCUCUUGUUGCUCCAGCUUUGAGUAAACCGAAGAAACCACUCGGCUCUAGUACUGCAGCCCCACAGAGACCCAUUGCAACACAGAGGACUACUGCAGCUCCUAAGGCUGGCCCCGGGAUGGUGCGAAAGAAUCCUGGUGUGGGCAAUGGAGAUGACGAAGCUGCUGAAUUGAUGCAGCAGGUCAAAGUAUUGAAGCUUACUGUUGAAGACUUGGAGAAGGAAAGAGACUUCUACUUCGGAAAGCUAAGGAACAUUGAACUGAUUUGCCAGGAGAAUGAGGGGGAAAAUGACCCUGUACUCCAGAGGAUUGUAGAUAUUCUUUAUGCCACAGAUGAAGGCUUUGUGAUACCUGAUGAAGGGGGCCCACAGGAGGAACAAGAAGAGUAUUAAGCAGCCUGGACCAGCAGAGCAACAUCCGAAGUCUUCACUCCAAAUCAUGUGCUUAACUGUUAAAUAUUCCCUUUUAUUAAUCUUAGAGGAUUCACUGGUUUCUUUUCAUAAGCAAAAAGUACCUCUUCUUCAAAGUGCACUUUGCAGAAGUCUCACCUUUUCCGAUGAGUUUGAGUUAGGAGCUUUUGCCUUGUAGCAGAGCAGUAUUAACAUCUAGUUGGUUCACCAGGGGAACAAGAGGCCAACCAUGGGGCUCUUCAUGUGGAUGCCGGUCACACUGACUGAUGGAGAAGGGGGUUUAUAAAACAAGAGGCGACAACCUCAGAAGUGUAAAGACUGAAUUGAAUUCUAAGCUAAUGUGAAAUUUUGGCAGAGAACGUUUUAAUAAAUAAAUGCCUUAAGAGUAUUUAAAAUAUGCUUCCAUAUUUCAAAAGAAAAGUGUAACAUGACAGGAGGUUCUAUGUGUCUGACAUUGUGUCUGGGAAGGAGGGGCAGACUUUAAACUGAUCCUUUGGAACCUGCCGUCGUAGGCCUUUCAAGGCUGCUUGAAUCUCACAGAUGCAGACUGUGGCCCAGAAGUAAACUUUGAAAAGUUCUGUAAAGCCAUUUUGUGUCAUUGACCAGUUGCAUCCCUGCUCUAAAAGCAAGCAGCAUGGUUGCUUGGGUGACUAGAGGGCCUCUCAGCCCUGCAAUGCCUGAGGCGAAGAGCUCAGCUUCCCAUCCAGCAGUCCUCUGAUUUUUCCAAACUUUCCCCCACCCAGUUCCUCUGUAUUGUGUUUCUGGGCCCUGCCCACCUCUCUGGGAUUUGAAUGGGUGUUGAGUCCCAGCAUACUGUCUUUUAAGUUUACAUUUAAGGCGCUUGCUCUCUUCUCUGCUCCCUUUGACCUCUGGGAACUCCUCUGGCUCCUUAAGUUUGCUGCUGAGCGUUGUAAAUUCAGCAGGCAGGUGAUGGCGCUGCAAGUUCUUGCUGGACCUCUGGCAAAGGAGUGAUCAGUGGAGGCCAGUGUCACCUUGGGGUCUGUGAGGCUAGGGCGCUCGCUGUCUGCUGUUCACAGCUCCCCAUUGUCACCUGAGUACUUUGCCAGUGCACUAAUCUCUUUGGAGAUAAAAUUCUCUAGUGUGUUACUAAAUGUUAAAAUGUUUUUUUUAAGAAUAUACAGUACCAUGACUGAAAUAUUAAUAUUUAAAAUACUUAAUUCCUUAAUUCUCCCUCAUUUGCUUUACCCACAGCCUAUCCAGUCCCUUUGAGAGAACUCUGCAAAAUGUGUUACCCACUACUGAGAUUGAUUGUUUAGCCCCUGAUGUGUUUGUAUUGAUUUGCUUCUGGUGGUAGCUUGUCUUAUGCUGUGUGUAGAAAACAGGUAUUUUAUGACAGAUUGUUAUGUAGUGCAUGCUCUGUGGAAUUCAGAGGAAAAUCCAGAUUCAGUGAUUAACAAUGCCAAAAAAAAAAAAAAAAGUAACUAGCCAUUGUUCAAAUGACAGCGGUGCUGUUUCUCCUCUGUGGCCUUUCAGACUUCUGUUGCCCCCUAAAUUCCAUUUUAUUGGGAACCCAUUUUCCACCUGGUCUUUCUUGACAGGGUUUUUUUCUACUUUAAACAGUUUUUAAAUAAAAUUCUGUAUUUCAAGAGUGUCUGUCUUCUGAAAUGUGUCUUACCUGGGGUAUAAGCUUUUAAUUCUAGAGGUAAGAUAGCUGUGCAUCCAUCUUCAACUGAGCUUAGACAGAGGCUGAGAAAUGAUUCCCACUUUCUUAAAUAGGACUAAUCUUAUAAAUCCCUCCCUUUUUUCAAGCUAAUCAAUCUGGUUCUCCCCUUCCUCUAUCAUCCUUCCUCUUUUCCCCUUCCUUCCUCCCCUCCUCUUCCUCUUUCUUCUCCUUUUGGUUUUUGAGACUGGGCUUUUACUAUUGUUGUCCCGAUUGGCCUCAGAUUUGUCACAGUCCUCCUUCCUUGUCCUCUUGAACAAUUAUGUAUGUGUGCCAUCAUGCCUGGCUUAAAAUUGCUUAUUUUGAAUUUUUUCUUUUUUAAAAAAAUUCACAUUACAUUUUCCAGUCUUCUGUUGUUUUAAAUUCAUGUUAUCAUGAGAAGGUUUUCCUCACAGAAGCAGAGAGCCUGACUUAGCUGCUUAAGGCUGUUAGAAAUGUAGCUGGACAGUGUUUGGCAGAUGAUUUAAUUGGAGGUAAUUGUUUCAUUGUCCUGAAAAUGCAUGUACAAAGUCCGUUAGUAUACUCUUAAACUAGAGAGUAAAGUUGUUGCCUCUUUCCUGUUCUGUAAAGUCCUACACAUUUAAAAAUGAGUUGAAAAUAUGAUCUGCUCCUGUUUUUGUGUCUUGAAAUGUUAAAUAGAAAGUUAAUUUGUUUGUUCUUGAGAUUACCUACUUAGUGAUUUUUGUGAAGUUUAUAUUCACUGCUGCCCCUGGAGGUUGAUGGCAUGAUUCCAUCUAGGAUCAUUACCAGUUUGGGGAAGAAUUUAGCACCAUCUGCAUUCAUCAUCUUUAAGAAACCCUGAAAGGAUGGAUGUUGGAUGCUGUUGGCUGAGAAGUUACUAGGUAAGAGGUGAAGUGGAGACUGUAUCCAUUGACCUGGCUUAGCUGUAUAAAACCUUAAUAUGACUAAUUCAGGUUAGGGGGAUGGUGUAGCCUGAACGUGCUGUUUGGCAAGGUCUGUGGUGUAUAGAGGAACAGGCUACUGCAGAUAAAUUUGGAUUCAGGAUAGGUUCUUCAGGCCAAAUUGAUGAUUGCUUCCCAAUUUCUUGGGAGCUUGUUUGGUAUAGAAUGUUUAGAAGUUCAUCCCCAGAAGAAGUUCUUGAGUUGGGAGAUUAUGAAUCUUCAUUUUAAUAUGCCCCUCAGGUGGCCUAGACCUGGGCCCUGCCUAGAUGGAGCUUUAAGUCUUAGUGUUUCAGUGAGACAUCAGAUGUGAAGGUUCUAAUCCACUCUACUUAGUUUUAUUUUAUUUUUUCUUGUUUGCAAAUCAAGGGCUCUGAUGUUGGCUGAAGGGCCUCCCACUCUGCAUGUUCUUAGGAUCAGAGGAAACUCACAGGCAAAUGCAGAAACAGUUGUCUGGAAACAGGAGACAUUAUUUCACGGCCAGAAGUUGUUUACAGAUUAGAAAAAAAUGCAGACCAGGGUUUUUACACCCUAAAAAUUCAGGACACGACUUUGGGUAUUUUGGAAGUGAAGUGCUGAGUUCUUUUAUUGGUUUUUUCUCAGCUUGGUGGUUGGUGCCAUCCAGUUCCUCUGUCUGCAGGCAGUUCUCAUCCUGCUGGUCCCAGGUGAAGGACUACACACAUCCUGUGUUUCGUGUAAAUGAGGAAUUGUUGAUUCCCAGUUCACUGGUUUUAAAAAGACUGUCUAUGAUUCAGGAAUUGUCCUCUAGGGACAGAAGCAGCUUGCUUUUGCUGUAACCAUGGGUCUCCUCGAAAGCUGUCCUUUAAAGGUUACAGCAGUGUUAGUGUGACGAACCUUUUGGAUGAUUUCCCCCUAAUUCAUGGUUUGCUUAGUUCACAAAUCAGGCUGUGGGCUUUAAGCCUGACAAGCCUGGCCAGAUUAGCUUGCUAGUGUAUGUGUGACCCAAAUCUCACUGUUGUCAGCAGGGAGAGUGAAAGGAAGUGCUUUCAGCCAAGCUAAAUGAUAGCUUGUGAUCAUUGUUAUUUUUCUGUUGUGUUACUUUCUGUGAGUGAUGAUGUCAGACUUUUAAAUUCUCAUAGUUUGUAAAAUUUCAGAACUGAACAACAUGAUAUUCAUGUAUCUUCAUUAUAUUUACUGCCUCUUUUCAUAGUGUUUGAGUUGUGUUCUACCUAGGUGGCUAGGAUUUUCUCAAAGACCAGGAGGGUUCUGUGCUUUUAUUGAACUGACCAUAGCAAGAACCCUUGACCUCGAUGGCUUUAGUGCUGCCUAGUUGUAGCUUGUGGAGGUGGGUCUUUGUUUCUCUUCUUUGAUUUAAUGUUCUUGUAGCUUAGGGGCUUUCUGGUAACAUUGUUGCCAGGUAGCUUCAUUAAUUUGAUUGUCUAGGUGAGUGGAUCUAACCUUAGAGACCUAUUUCUAAUGUCCUUAAUCCAGAGCCUUAAAUCUUCUUGUUUUGAGGCAGAGUCUCAUCUAUUCCAGACUGACAUUGAACCCACUGUGUAUUCUAGGGUGACUUUGAACAUUGGAUCCUUGACUUUCUGCAUGCUAGAAUUAUAGGCAUGUAUUACCAUGCCAAACAUCAAACCCAGGCCUUCAUGUCUGUUAAGCAAAUACUUCAUCAGCCAAGCCACAUAUUUAGCCCCACAAGUGUUAUUUAUUUUGAAAAUUUUAACUGCUUUUGAGGAUGGUAAGCUCUAUGGUUUAUUUUAUUUUAAUACAGACAGGUAUAGAUGCCAAGUUUGUGUCACCUCACACCUCAGUAAUUUUACUUCAUUUUUGAGAGGGUUUCACUAUGUGAUCCUGGUUGGCCUGGAAUUUGGGGUGUAGAGUAGGCUGGCCUUGAGCUCACAGCAGUCCACUUGCCCUGCCUUCCAAGUGCUGGGAUUACAGGUGUGCACCAUCAUGCUUGGCUCACAUAGUAAAGAUUUUGGCAUAGAGCUCUAUUACAUAGAGCUGAAAGAUUGAGUUAUGACAUUUUAGAAUCCACAGUGAGGGGGGAGCAUUGAUGUUGCUGAAUGUGAAUGAAGAAGUGUCUCUGAGGGUCUGUGCCUCCUGUAGUUCCUGCCCACCUGAGGGCCCUUUCGGUGUUCAGCAUGACCUUGGCUUAGAUUAUAUUUUCAAGGGUCUUCUCUAGGUAGUAAUGUCUGAAUUCUUCUCAAGUAGACUUUGAACUUUUCCUGAAUCAUUGUGCUGAGAUUUAUCUAGAUUUUCCUUCUAUAUGCUUUCCCACAUUAAAAAAAACAACUUGUUAAUUGAUUAUAUUUUGACUUUUUUGAA